GCUGCGAUGACAAUAGAAAUAAAUAAAAUUUAACUAAUUAAAUGAACGUUCAGCAGGUGGAAAUGGAGUCGGAGAGAAAUCUUUAUGACGAAGCCAACGAUAAAAUCAGACUCGGCAAUGAAUUAAAGAAAGCAUUGGUCGAGUUUGAGGAUAUUGCUGGUGUUUCAAAAGUGCAAAGGAAAAUCCAACAGGAACUGAAAUUCUUGGAGAAGGUUAUACGUACCAAAACAUUAAAGGAGAAUCAUAUAACCAGCAGUAACUUUGUCAAUUAUGAAUUUCUUAUAAAAACAUUGCGAUUGCAACAAGGUGUCGUGGAUAUAAAUGCAGUAUUUCCACUCGAAUCGCGGGAUAAUCCUCUGCGUGUUGACAUUGUGGCCAAUAACGGUCUAAAAUGGAUCAAGGUGAUUGCUCGCAAUUCCAGGUCUAUCGAAGACGCUGCCAAAGGAUGUGUGAGCUUUGGUGCACGCAGCGUUCUUGAUCAGGCAGAGGAUUACUUGGAGGCCAGCGAGUUGCACUUCUGCAUGUUUCAGCGUCCCAAGAUAGUCUUUUAUUUCUCCAACAAAAUUGAUAGCUCACUGCAUGAGGAGCUCAAGGGAAUGGGAGUGCAAACAGCAUCUCUAGAAGAGCCUGAUCUGGAUGUAGAUCAAUAUGCAACGGCGUCGGAGGAACUCAAUCUGGAUGUCACUACAAUGCUGGCCUAUUGUAGCGCUCUCACAAACGGACGUUGUAAUUGGGUAUUCAAGGAACCGCUUUUAACCGAACAGGCCGAAAAAGAGCGCGAAGUUCCAGUUAAGCCUAUGAUUGAGAAAAUCCUUCAAGGAAAGCGACUGGUCUGCUGUCAACUGGCUUACGAUGCUUUUCAAAAUAUUCUAACGGUUUUGGGUGGACCCCAUGAAAAGGAAAUUGCUGCCGAGUUUUUGAAAAACGUUACAGUUUAUCCGAAUGUUGACACGAUACCUGCCGAGUUCUCAAAUAUAAGAUUUACGGCAAAUGUUAAUGAGCGAAGCUUAAAGAUCUUUAGUUUCGGCAUGGAACGUAAAAUAUUUACAGUUACAUCAAACAAGGCGUUUGUGAGAUCAGCCAAGAUGCAGGGAAUAAACGUACCCGUAUUUGUACAUGCUUCACGAGCACUCACUGAAAAUAAAGAAGCAACUGCUAAGCCGCUAUAAAUAAAACAUUUUUAGGACAAAUUGUUAACUUUAUAUUAAAUAUAUGUACACGUAAUACAUAAAAACUAAA